CACCAAUCACACGCCCCCGCCUCAAUCACGCAUCAAAAUCCCUUCUACCACCACGCAGAAGUCAUAAAUACAAGUCGUCCAUUUCUCCCCAAAUAGAGAUUCAAAUUUCAGUUCAAGCAGUGUUCAAAUCAAAACUUAUCAUCAUGACCACCACUUCCCUCGUCGACGCGCUCAAGAGCGCAAACCUCCUCCCUUCAUCCAUCAUCCCAGACUACUUCACCCCCACCAUCGAUCUAUCCGUCAAAUUUCCAUCAGGUCUCGCCCCCGAAAGGGGAAGUCUCGCACGCGUCAGCCAGAUCGCGGAACAACCCUUCAUUUCCAUCUCUUCAACGUCAGACUCCACAUCCUCGGCAUCAACAUAUGCCUUCAUGAUGAUUGAUCCUGAUGCGCCCACGCCCGACGACCCGAAAUUCGCUUACUGGCGCCAUUGGGUCAUUACUUCCAUUCCUUCGACAGUCUCCCCAGCAGAGGAUAUUACCUCAAAAGGGAAGACUUUGACGCAAUAUCUUGCGCCUGGACCCAAGGACGAAAGUGGCCCACAUCGCUAUUUGUUCCUGCUUUUUGAGGAGAAAGAGGGUGAGACUCUGGAAAGGGCGGAGAUUGGGGGAGAGGAGUUUGUGGAGCGAAGGAGCUUCAGGGCUGAGGAGUUGGUGGCGAAGAAGGGUUUGAAAUUGGUGGGUGUGCAGUGGAUGAGGGGUGUAGGGGAUGGAUGGAACGGUGGCAAGGAUGAGUUGUGAGUGGAGAGGAACAUGUGUAGGAUCUUCUGGGAAGAGAUUGUGAUGCUCGUGAAUAGGGAGUGCAGUGAUGAAUAUGCUUUGUGCGUAUAUAGGAGAAUUCGGUACUUCACCUUCAGCUUUGAUAUAUCUCAAA